UGUGCACAAUGGACUGCGAUUUGUUGGAAACACGUCAUGGAGUUUGACAGUUUGACUGAUUCGUUCUGUGGAUUUUUCUAGAAUCAAUAUGACCCGUUAGUCGAUUAAUAAUCUUUGACGUUGUAGUGACUAUUUGUUGCCGUAAUAAUUACGUCUUCAUAACCAUCAUGUGCACCAUAUCGAUGUUCUGUGACGUUGUUAAGUAGAAUCCCAUUCAGACUAUGGUACAUUUUAUUAUAGCCUAUUAUGUGAAAGUCUAAAAAUAAAACAAGACAACAAGGAGAUAGUAAUCCGAAGUCUCCAUUAGAUGUACGCCAAUGUUCUGUGUCUGUUUUAGUUAGGAUUCUUUUUCAGACUUGAGAAUCCGAUAGUCUUGAUAGCAAACAGAGGUAUGUUAUUAUAUAUGGAUGUCUCAAAAAAACAAGAAACAAAGAUAGUUUUCCAGAAACAAAAAGGAUAUUAUUAAUAAAUCCGGAUACAACAGAAUAACUUUAUUCUCGGACAUUCUUUAAAACUUUGUGACAAAUGUCAUUCAGUUUAAACCUAUGCGACAUCUCUUUGGAGUAAUUUGUGACAUCACAAAACUUACAAGUGAUCGCAGCGUGUCAAAAAAAAAAAUUGGAAAACCCCAUUUUAAACUAUGACGUCAUAAGAGCAUUUCACAAUGUCUAACAGAAGAACAGGGGAAAUCCCCUACCAGGAUUUCAGUAAAAUAGCCGAGAGUAUUUAUAAGAAGAGAAGAAGUCGGGGAUACCUAUCGCCGUCGGAUCUAUUUACAGACCCCUCCUUCCCCCCUGAUUGGUCGUCACUAACCUAUGUCUACAGUGGGGAUGAUAAAUAUGAGAAAACUGUCUUCAAAAGACCCAUGGAGAUAGUAAAAACUGGCGACGGAACAAGUCCCGUUUUAGUUGGAGUGGGCGGCGUCUGUAAUGAGGAUUUUCCCUGGAAGACUUGGAAACAGCGGGGCUGGUUCCACGGUGCUGUAAAUGUCGUUAGUCUGGGAUUAAAAUUAAUGGAGAGGAUAAUCCCAGGUUACAGGAAUUUUGAACAGAACUUUGAUAGUAAAUAUAUAGGUGCUUUUCAUUUCAAUCUGUGGAGAUUUGGCGACUGGGUGGAGGUUAUAACUGACGACUUUUUACCCAUACUUAACGAUACUUAUUUCUUCUGUUCGGCUUUUGGUUCACCACCAGAAUUCUGGGCUCCACUGGUAGAAAAAGCUUAUGCCAAAUGUAAAAAGACUUUUCAAGCUGUUGAAUAUGGUAAUAUACUGGAUGCUUUAACUGACCUAACUGGUGCCGUUUGUGAGUUCUAUACACCGGAUGUUAACCCACCCGAGAACCUCUUUCACGUACUCUAUAAAUCUAAUAUAAACCGCUCUAUGAUGAUUUGUUGGAGAAACAAUAAAAGGUUAACAGCAUCGGCUUUUGAUUUUGAUGAAUUUCAAAGAGAAUCGUUUGAUGUUUGUGAUGAUUCUAAACGAUAUUUACAUCUAAUCACAGCCGUUACAAAGUUCCCGAUGACAGAUCGAAGAAGUAUAGACAUGGUGAGAAUAAAAUGUCCUUUUCCUAAAGAACCAAAAUGGAUCGGUCGGUUCUCAGAACUAGAUUCUAAAUCUUGGAACACGAUCAAUUCCGAUUUCAAAGAGAAUUUCCGCCCAUUGUCCAGAAAGGAAGACGAUGAAUAUUGGUUAACAAUGGAGGACUUCCGGUGUAAUUUUGGGGGUGUAUUUGUAAUUAGUAGUACUGAACCAUUCACGACGGAUGGUCUGAGACUUGAACGGAAGUAUCGUCAAGAAAACGGAUUCUGUGUUCGCCCGAACGAAUCGGUACCCGAUCCAAAUGAUUCUAGCAAGUCUGGAAUGACCCGGGAGCGCUAUACAAUUGAUACGAAACAACAAGCACAACCAAAUCUGAAAGUUGCGCCGUCCACGUGUUUCGGUUACAGAAACAAAAGCAAGAACUUUACAAAUAUAAGUCAUUUAGCUGUGCGAGAAGCUAGACAUUCGCGCAAGGUGGACAAUUCUAAGAAUGAGCUAGCUGUCGAUCACAGAGAAUCUUUGAAUCUUAAAGACAAUGCUUCAAAGGGUCUGCACAGUGUGACAAAGCACGGUUCGUCGCUAAAUAACGAUUACCACCGUUUAGAAAUUUCAAGUAAGACGGAAAUUGACGAAUCUAUUAAAACCGACCCUUUGAACAGUGAAAACACUCGAUCUCACCAUUCCAAAUUUAAAAUGAAUUUCCGACAUUCAAAAAGCAGCAACAGUAUGUCUAAGAAGGCCGUUCGUAAAGAUUCGAACACUAACGAAACGCUGCCCAGGAACGAGGAUGUGAACAGUAAUAUGAAGGAUUUAAAGAGUCGUGAUGAAACGUUGCCCAUUUCAAGUUGUGUUGCCACGGUAACAAAGAACGGUGCCAUGCAGUGUAAAGACGGACAAGUGCGUGUUAAAGGACGUAUGACAAAUAUGGUGCAAGACCAAGACAGUGUUUUUAGCGCUUCGGAAAUUUCCCUCCAUUUUCAAUCAGGACAAACCGGUGAUGACGCUCAGCGACCCCGCAGUGCCCCAGCCCCGGGAGCACCAAGGAAUAAUUCGGAGGGUUCAAUAGGAUCUCUGACCCAAAGCCAUUUUCUUGCCACAAAAACCGACUUUUUUAAAUGUCAGGGAAGAUGGAGGAUUUUGUUUGAACAUAAAGAUUGUUGGACAAGAGAUAGACAGGGAGUAUCAAGAGCAGAUAUGGAUGCCCACUCUAGAAGUCCCAGAAUACUCUUCUCUAUCACAAGAACUAAUGACAUUGUCGAUCCUAAUUUAACUCCGAGGAUGAAUGGUAAACGUCACGUGGUUAUAUCGUUACUGCAGGACUAUCGUCACGGACCAUCAACAGCCAACAGUCUGCUACUUCCAAUAGGUUUUUGUCUAUAUAAGGCUAAGAAUAUAGACAGAGAUGAUAAACGUCACCUGUCUAAAUUGCAGAUGGUUGGUCAGUUGGAUGGUCAAGCAGAGGUUAGAGAGGUCAAUGCUAGAUUUGACCUUGACCCCGGGGGUUAUAUACUAGUGCCAUAUUGUUUGGCUGACUCACACGAAGGUGAAUUUUUAAUAAGAAUUCUAGCGGAAUGGGAUCCACCUGGUGGCCGUGCAGGAUGUGUUCUAUCAUAAUAAACUUGAAGUAUGGAAAUACAGAGACUGGAUACAGACUACUUUAACAUAACUCAACAAAUAUAAUUCCAUCUACAAACUUUAUUACUGUUGUUUUCCUAAAGAGGGUGUGAUAGGAGACGUCCACGAGACAGCGUAUUCUUGUAUACAGAGGCAUGAUAAAGUCCACGAGGUGGUCUUCUGUUGUUGGAGUUCGCACAUGAGGUUAUAUGUUUACGAUUUAGUGGACAUUCAGUUUUAGGAUGUCGGUAAUACCGCGGAUAAAUAAAAUAUAUAAGUUAUGAUCCUAAAUCGAUAUCCACCAAAAAAAAAUCUUUAAUUAACGUAAUACGGGACACAAUAAAUUGAGCAUCACAAAGACUUCGCAAUAAGUCAGGAAUUCCACGUAAAAAAAAGAAGGACCUAUUUAGUGAUUUGUAUUCUCAUUCUUUAUCAUCGAGCCUAUGUCUUGAUAUAUUGCCCACGUAUUGUAUUUUGGGAAAGUCCCUCCAACCUUGGCAUAAAGUCAAAAAUAUGUUCACUUCUUUUUUACAACACUGUACCCAUUCCCUUAAUAGCAAUAAUUCCUGAACCCGCUCUUGUCAUGUCCGUGGGUUUCAAACUAUACCCACUGUUAACGUAGCUAUACCCACGCAUGUCCGUGAACAAGACAGACAACCUCUGAAAAUUUUAUUACAACUUCAUGAAUCUGUCUCACGUUCCUUUAAAUACAAUUAUUAUAGUAUAAUUUAAUAUGUCGAUUGUAAUGUUUUAAUAUUUGACAAUAUGCUCAGAUUAAUUUGAAUUUUGUUUUUUUCGGGACAACAUAUUAAAAUUGUCGUCUUAGUUUCGAGGAAACGACCAACAAAUUAAAAAAACCUCAUUUUAAACUAAAGGUUUUUGUGAGGACCUAAAUGUCUUAGGUUUCGUAUUCGUUUAUACUCGUCAUAUUUACAGUAAAUAUAUUUUCUAUACAUAAUGAUAAUUGUUCCAACUUUCUAACUGUACGUGCUAUAUAUGAUGUAUAUUUAGUAUUAAAGCAUUGA